AUGGCUACGGCGCUACACAUGUGCAGCAUCCUGACGGCAACCGUUUUCUGGGACAGCGAGGAGGAGGAGUUCAUGACUACAGCGACAGGCCUCCUCGACGAGGAGCUGCAAGCGCACGCGUCAGAGCUGUGGCAAACAGCCAGCGCCGAGGCCGACAGCAUCGCCGUUGCCAACGUGUCAUACAGAGAUGCAAGCGCAGCCCGCUUACAGGCGACACCGUGCACAUACCAGGCCGUGGUGGGCCUGCUAGCCCUGCUGAGCGCGCGCGAAGACGACCAGGGCGCGACCGCCUACGCCAUCCUGUUCCUGUUGUGGCUGGCCUUCGCGUGCCUGCGGUUCAGCGACCUGGGCAGGGGCGCGGGCGUCAGCCUGGGGCGUGACGCGCUGCGCGCUGUGUGCUGGCGCUCGAAAGGCAAACCUGCGCCGGUGCCCUGGGCCGCUUUGCGGGUGACUUGGACUGGCGUUGACUCGGGCAAAGUUUUCUUCAGCCAUGCCAACGGGGUCCUCCCGCAAAGCGCAGACUCCGCGAGGGGCUGGAUCUGGCCGUCGAUGGCGUUAGCGAACGGUGCCUUGGAGUUCGUCACCCCUGUGCGCCACGGUAGCUAUGCCAACUGCCUGAUGGCGAUGGCAGCCGUGCGCCGCCUGGCAGGGCACACAGCCCACUACGCGCUGCACAGCCCACGUUUCUCCAUUUGCGGCAUGGCAGGCCAGGCCGGCUUCGCCCUCGAAGAAAGGCGCGGCAUGGGCCGAUGGGGCCCCGCGAGCGGCAUGCCCAUCCGCUACGACCAGAGCCGCUGCUGCGCCGAGCUCGCUGCAAAGGAACGAGAGCGGCAAAAACUACGCCCGUGCGGCGACUACGAGUUGCCGAUGGUAGACGAGGUGGCGACAGAGCUAAGGGCGAGAGCGCACGCAGCAAAGCAGCGAGCAGCGGCUCACGCACCCGGGGCCCUGGCUCCGCAACCGCCAGAGCAGCCGCCGGUCCGCGUGCUGAUCAACCACAAGACAGGAAUGCUGCACAAGGACCCGCCGUGCAAACAGGUACGGGAUCCAACCUUACCUCGCUACGAACAGGCGGCGGAGGACCAGUCAAAUUUGCAUCUGUACCCGCGCUGCGACAGGUGUUUCAGGACCAGCGGCCGCGCAGCAGUGCUGAUUCAGCAGCGGCAGCUCUUCCAGGAGCUCGUUCGGGUCGAGCGCGACAGCGCAGCCGGGCCCAUGAUUUCGCGCAGCCAAGAUCCAGCGCGCCCGCGUGGCGAUGACCAGGUCGCCAAGGCCUUGUCCGCCGAGCUGCGCGACGUGCUGGCGGGCAGCGACGCCCCCGAGAACGUCGCCAAGUUUCUCGUGGACAAGAACAUCGUCAAGCUCGGCGCCUUCGCCGCGGAGGCCGAGGCGCAGGCCAAGCUGGAGGCCGCAGCCACAGGCGACAGCGCCGAGAAGGACAUAUCCCUGGACACAGAGCAGCGCGAACGCUUGGAUGCGCAGGUAAAGGAGUACGACCACUUCGUCUGGCCCGCGCAGUGGCUCCCGGCCAACGGGCUCAUGGGCAAGCUCAAGCGGAUGUACGAGGAACGCGCGGACUUCCUCCCCCGCCUCGAGGUGGGCGUCAAGAGCAUCCUCGAGAAGGAGGUCGACCCGCUGUUCAAGAUGUUCUUUUCCAAGCAGGGCGGGGUGCAGGCCCAAGCCGAGAGCGCCUGCGCGCCGGUUCAGGGCUUGACCAAGUUCCGCGGGCGGCACUUCCAGCUGAUGAUCGCCUACAACCAGGCGGCCGCCCCCGAGUUCGAGAACGCGUCGCUCACCGUCCUGCUCGAGUAUCACCAGUGGCUCAUGGAGAAGAUCAUGGACGUCAAGUGGUCGCCGGAGAUCGUGCGCGAUUUCCUCGAGGCCGACUUCCGCAUGCACACCGAGUGGAUGUUGAGCUGGCAGCGGAGGGAGUUCACGACUUUCAAGGGCGUGAUUGCCCACCACCGCGGCCAGAGCGCCUACCUGUUCUCAGACGCCGGGGACAGGGGGCGGCCCAGGGGCGAGUCGCAACCGCGAGGGCGCGCCCGCGGCCGCGGCCAGGGCGCCCAGACUCCCCGAGACGAGCAGCCGCUCAAGGCUUCAAAGCCAGGCGGCGCCGCCGGGGCCAGCCAGCCCCCUGCCUUCACCAAGGAGAACUGGCCGGGACUGGAGCGCACGAACAAGAAGACUGGGCAGCCCCGGCGCCCGUUCUACAACGUGGCCACGGGCUGCCGGAAGGGCGCGGCGUGCCCAGACUCACACGAGUGUGACUACCCUGGGUGCGGCGCCAAACGCUGCAGGGCCAAGAACCGCUGCGCGGGCCCGCAGCGAACUGCGGAGCCGGGCCCCAGACGCUGCAAUGGGGCCGCGGCGGGCGGGCCAGACUUGCCCAGCCCAUGCGUGGAGUCUAAUGACAGCCUCGGUGAUCACCCAGGCCGGAAUCAUUCCGCGCAAGGUGCCGGGGCCCGCUUGCAGAGAACGGUCAGCGACAGCCCACAGGCAGGCGUCAUUGAGCAGCCCAGCAGGCGCCGACUGAGGGCCCAGAUCGGGCGCGCGCUGGCGCUUGGCGAGCAGCCGCGUGGCAGAUGCUUGGAGCCGCUUAUCCAGCAAGGAUGCGGGCCCGAGGCGUUCCUCGAGCAAUUGCCUCGUCUGCAGCACCCGGCUGUUGCUCCCCCGCCGAUGCCUGCCGCGUGGAUGCAGGCAUCAGAGAGCAGUAUGCAGAAAAAAAUACACCCCGACGUCCACAAAGUAAUCGGCCACCUGCAUUUACCCCUCCUGGAGUGGAUGGUGGAACACGCCAAGUACAGCGGCGCCGAUUACGUCGCCCGGCUGAUGCGCGGCAAGCCUUGCCUGGGAGAGAUCCCGCCGAGCGGCGUGUUCAGCGAGGACCACAACAGGGGCGCGAUUGCGAUCGAAGAUUGGAUUGCGUGUCCGCGAGAGCGGAACGAGCGCAUGAUCCGAGUUUGGCUCUGCGAGGCCAAAAUUGACAAGCUGCUAUCUCAGAUCCGCGCCCGCCGAGCUACGGGGGGGGUGACGGCAGCAGACGCCUCGACGCUGCACGGCUCGUUCAACUGGGUGCGCUCGAGCCUCUGGGGCCGGUGUGGAGCAGCAGUGCUGGCGCCGCUGCGAGCCGUCAGAGGCCUGGGGCAUCGACUCUGGAUCCACUUCAUAGACAACACGGACGCCAUGCACGCGCCGAUCAAAGGCAACAGCGUGGACGCAGAUCUGAACAACGCGAUGCACGCCACGUGGAAGAUUGUCCACCGGCGACGACUGCAUUUGUGGGUCGAGUAUGUCAAUACCCACGACAACCCGGUGGACAAGGCCAGUCGAGGGUGCACGGACGACCUCUACGACCAAGUGCCUUAUUUUCUCUGCGUGCCGAAUGCAAAAGGGCACCGGUGCAUCUGUUGCUUUUUUGGCUUCAAGUCCACAAUCCUGGCUUCAGCGUCGGCUUGCGUGGCCGACCCGUGGACCGCGGCGGGCGCGGCGGCGGCUGGGUCGUGGCUCGCGGGGCUUGCGCGCCCGUGCCACUGCCGCUGGAGCCGGGCCGACAGUCCCGGCGCCCUCGAGCUGCUGGAGAAGCAGCUCGACCGCUGCGGGCCCGAGAACCUGCAGCGCCCGUGCCCGCCGCCUCCGGUGCCGGAGCCUUGCCCGCCUUGCUCGCCAGCGUCGCCGGCGCUCUGGGGCUUCCUGGCGGGGGGCCUGCUGACCGGGCUAGCAGCCUGCGGCCUGGCGGCCCGGCAGGCGCGGUCCCCGGCGCGUGUGGCGCUGGCCAGGGCGCCUUCUGGGCUGCCCCUCGCGGCCCCGCCGCCGCUGCCUGCGCCCGUGGCGGCCGCCGAGGCGCCCGGCGCGGAGCAGUUGGGCAUCGCGAGCGCGGACCUCAGCGGGUUGCGUUUCGGCCCAUCGGGCGGGGGGCUCCCCGUGGGCCUGACGGGCGGCCAGGUGCACCGCUUCGCCGUGGCGCCCGCGCUGGCCGAGCUCGCGGCGUUGCUGGCCGAGGGGGCCUCGGCGGUGAUCGUGGAGCGGCAAGCGCGAGGGCUGGCCCAGCCCGCGGGCGCGGCCGCCGCAGGCGGCGUGGGAGGCAUCGCCCAUACCGCAGUGCCGCUGCCGCUGCCCGCGCCCCCGGCGCCGGCCGCCCCCGGCGCGGCGGCCCCGCCGCCGCCGCCCCCGCGCCGUGCUGGCGCUGGUGGCACGUGGGUGCUGGACGUGCCCGGCAAGAGCCGCGUGGUCGGGCAGGAGGUGGCGCUGUCACCUGCGGCGCUCGAUUUCGGCGGCCGCUCCGUGGUGGCCGUCGCGGGCGAGUUCAGCACGGUGACGCGGCUCGAGGCCGCGCCCUUUCUGGCCGACGCCAGCCUGCUGGUGCGCGACCCGAGCGUGCCGAUCCGCCUGCGGGGCCCCCCAACGAUGGGCGACGCGGUCACUGGGCUGCAGUCGCGGGCUCCAGGUGGGUCCUUGGCAUCCCACGAGCGCUGGCUCGUCGAGUCGCGCGUGGGCGCGGGGUCGCGAUCGGCGCACGAUCACAGGGUGAUCUCGAAGGCCCUCGAGCUCGCGGUGUCGACCGACGGCUUCAACCUCGCCAACCUCACUUCGAUGGAGUACCUGAACCGACGCCGGCAGCUGCUGGAGGAGGCCCACGCGAAGGACCCCGAGAAGGCGGACUUCGAGGGCGCGCGCCACUUCAUCGGGGAGGACGAGGUGUCGCCAGGCGCGCUGGCGGCACCGUCGCCGCGGGCACACGUGGUGGCGGAAUUAUCGAGGGAGGCCGCCAUCGAUGAUGAGCGCCGCAAGGCGAAGGAGGCGAAAAAGCCAGGCCCCAACGGGACCAAGGAGAAGGACUGUGCAGCGCCGCAGAUGCCUCCGCCAGGCUGCCGCGGCAGGAUGCAACGCAGCGGAGAGAGCUUCGUGCGUAGCGGCAGGCUUGGCAUGAGUUUGCUGAUCGGCUCGCUGAGCCGUCCCGUGAAGCCGCUCGUCGGCUUCUGGGCACGGCCGCCGACUACGCUGGUGCGGACUCUCCUGUUCGACCUUACCGGCCUGAUCUACUUUCUCUCAGGGCGGUCGUCUGUUCCGAUGGCCACGGUUUUGGACAACGAUGCUGCAAGGCUUUUGGUCGACUACGAGACGGCCCUAACGGCUGACGACGACGUCUUUCUGCAACGCCGCGAAGGCGGUCCUGGUCGCCCUUAUUUUGAUUCGGUGCUAUGUUCCGACCGGGUUGUCUACGUCGACUUUUUGAUGCGAUUGGCAGACGUCAACAUCCUGGCGCCGCUGCCUUCGGUGGCGGACACGAUCGCGCCCUUCUUCGUGGGGGAGAAGGACGGGCCUGACAGCUUCACGGGAGAUAUCUACCCUGAUGGAUUGGUUUUUGAAGCUGAGUAUCCCAGCCUCGCGAGUGCGGGCUGGGGGUGCGUGGCGCUUCACCCCGAUUGCCUUCAGGUUGUUUCCUUUUGCUCUUGCCCCGUGCUCGACCCCUUGCAGUGCAUUAGUGCUGCCGAACUCAUCGCAGUCAUUCAUGUGCUGCGCUUUGCGGUGCCGCCAGUGCGCAUGUUUUCGGACUCAGCCUUUGUCGUGGAUGGCUUCCACGAACGUGGCCGCGUGGCCACUACUGCCUGUGUUGCCGCGCAUGUUCACCUAUGGCGGGAGUUCUGGCGUUCGGUGGAUGACUGGGGGGGCGGUUUCGAGCUCUCGAAGGUCAAAGGUCAUGCGGCCGUAGGUGACAUCCAGCACGGGCGCGCCACGGCGCGCCACAGGCUUGGCAAUCUGAUGGCAGACCGCGCUGCGAAGAGCGCUGCUGCCUUUGCGCGAGUACCGCGGCAGAGCCGCGCGCAGCUGCAGGCUCGCUCCAAGGUUGUCAAGACCUGGGGAGACUGGAUUGGCCGGCUCAGCGACGGGCUUGAAGAUUGUGGCCACCCCAAGCGGCACAAUCGUGGCAAGCCGCGUCUCCCUCGGCUUUUCGUUGUGCGCAAUCCCGUCCCAUCCGAUAUUGCGUCACGCGUGCUGGCUGCGCAGAGGCAGCUAGGGGAUGGAGCGCGCAAGCAUGACCUAGUUCGUAUUGCGCUGUGUGAAGGUCCCACUGUUGUGGGCUGCGCGCGUUGUGGCAGCUGUGCGGUUUCUCGCGUUGCAGCUCUCAGCCAGCCGUGCCCGCCUGUGGCCACAGACCAUGCCCUGCAGGUGCUCAAGCGGCUCUGCAAGGGGGAGUUUCGCCUCAGCGCCAAGGUGUUUCGGGUCGCAGCGCAGGCGCCGCUCGCAGAGGCCGCUGCGGCCGUUUCUCUUCACGCCGCCCAGCUGGAGGCUGGCGUGGCCACCUCGGAGGCACCCCAGCGGUCUGCUGGCAGUGCUGUUGCUCUAGCGGAGGAAGGAGUUGUUUCGGACACCGCCGUGCCUGUGCGCAAGCAGCGCACGCAGCGCACGGAGGCAGAGCGUGCUGCCAUUGUUCAGCGGCUGCUGGCAGCUGCCAGUGGUGUAGCCUCGCGGCAGGAGCUUGGCCCAUGCGGGCCCUGUCCGAAGCGCGUGGCUGAGGGCGGUUGUAAGGACUUCUCCCGGCCAGAGCCCCGCCAGCAGCUGGAGAGCCCCCCGCGCUGGUCCCCAUCGGGCUCCUCUUCUUCCUCGGAGGCGCCGUCGGAGAACCACCGGCGCAGGAGGCCCAGUAGCGGCCAGCGCAGCGAGAACAGUGGCACCCCCGGCAGCCCCAAUGGCGGCCGCGCCGCCGACGACGCCGGCGCAGAGGAGAUCGGAGGCCGCGGCCGGUCGUCGGAGCGCUCGCGGUCCAUCGCCCGUGACCCGCUGGCGAAGCGGCUGAAGCUCGACCGCCCCGCGCCGCGUGGCAGGGACGCGGGCGGCCAGCAG